CAUAUAUAGUACACCAUUGGGCGACAAAGUUGUCAAACAUUGCAUUUGCAGACAACAUGAGUGCAAACGGCGUGACUCUGGUGUCCAGUAAUCGGUGUUUUGGUGGUCGACAGGAGGUGUACAGUCAUGACAGCGAACAACUCAAGUGUAAAAUGCUUUUCUCGAUAUACAUCCCACCGAAAGCCGUGGAUGGCGUCAAAGUGCCGGUGCUUUACUGGCUGUCGGGUCUCACCUGUACGGAGCAAAACUUCAUCAUUAAGUCCGGCUUUCAGAGAUAUGCGUCCGAUGAGGGCAUUGUAGUGGUCGCACCCGACACCAGUCCUCGUGGGCUCAACAUUGAGGGCGAGGACACCGAUUAUGACUUCGGAACCGGCGCUGGAUUUUACGUGGACUCCACUCAAGACAAAUGGAAAGACAAUUACCGGAUGUACUCUUAUGUGACCAAAGAGUUGCCACUAAUUAUUGAGCAAAACUUUGCGGUCAUAAGUGGCUGUCAAUCGAUUACUGGGCACAGUAUGGGAGGUCACGGGGCGCUCAUCUGUGCCCUUAAGAACCCGGGGCUUUACAGGUCUGUGUCCGCAUUCGCACCCAUUGCUAACCCCUCUAAAGGCAAAUGGGGGCAGAAGUGCUUUAAAGGAUAUUUGGGUGAUAACCCUAAAGACUGGGAGGAAUGGGAUUCAACUCUAUUAGUUGACAAAUAUAACGGACCGCCACUUAAUCUGCUUAUAGAUCAGGGCUCAACCGACCCUUAUUUGGCCGAUGACCUGAUGGGCAAGAAUUUUGUGGAGUCCUGUGCCGGCGCUAAAGUGCCAGUAAUAUACCGUUUGCAGGAGGGGUACGACCACUCAUUCUUCUUUGUGUCCACUUUUAUUGGUCAACACAUUGCACACCACGCGAAGGCUUUGUAUGAUUCCAUCGCUUAAGACAAUUGUUUUGAUUGAAAUCAAAUGAUUUGUGUUACUGUACUGUAAUGUAAUGAUCAAACAAACACAACAAUGACUAUAUAUUUUCAAAUGGAUAGACUGUACUG